AUGAAUGAAAAUCAAGAAACUACAACAGAUAAAACUACAAAUCCAACUCCAAAUGGAAAAUGUACAUGGAAAUUAGCUUUAGCUUAUUCAUUCAAUGCGUUAGUUUUUGGAUCAAUGUUCACAGUUUUAAUAGUUGCUAAUUUAAUUGGAAUACAAGGUCAUGGUAAAAUCUGGCCAAUUGUUGUUGGUGGUGCCAUCUCUGCUGCGCUUAUGAUGUGUAACAUAUUAAUAUAUCCUGUGAUUUUUAUUAUUUAUAAAGUGAUCAACGAGAAAAAAUGGAAUAAUAGAUACUGGAUUCCCAUUGGUGUAUUAUUUGUUGAUCUUCAUUUACUUGUUCCUUUAUAUCCUGUUGUCAAUGAUAUUGUGUUCAAUGACCCACUUCCAUUAUGGUGGUUUAUUUAUCAUGUUAUUACUAUAUUUUCAAUUCUUUACCAAUAUAGAAAGGCUAAAAUAGCAGAAGGAGAAGCCAAAGAAGUCGAAAAAAAUGAGGAAGGUACUAAAGAAGAAAAAGAAGCUUUAAUUGAAGUAUAA